AUGCCUCUCCUUCCUCCUCCUCCUCCUCCCCCUCCUCCUCCUGCUGAGCUUCUUGCUGCUGCUCAUGCUAUCUUAGGGCAGCAGCACCAGCAGCAGCAGCAGCAGCGGGAGCUGCAGCAGGAGCAGGAACUGCUGCAGCAGCAGCAGCAAUUUGACAGUCCUGUACCCCUGUUAGGUGCUGCUGAUACUAUACCUGCUUAUCCUUCUCUCCCUGCUGCAGCGCCAAGGAACCUGACUUGCAUGCAGCAGCAGCAGCAGCAGCAGCAGCAACGAUAUGAUAGGGGAGCAGCAGCAGCAGCAGCAGCACCUGCUGCUGCUGUUGCUGCUACCUCCUCUCUAUCAAGUCAAGUCAGUGUUACGCCUUCUAGCUAUACAGAGGCAGCAAGGGCUGCUGCUGCUGCUGCUACCGCUGCUGCUGCUGCUACAUCUGCUGCUGCACGCCCAGUCAGCAGCAGCAGCAGCAGCACCAGCCGCACUAGGCUAGUAAACCUCUUACAGUCUGGUGCAUCGCAGCAGCAGCAGCAGCAGCAAAGGCAGCAGCAGCAGCAAAGGAUGCUGCUGCAGCUCAAUACACAAAAGGGAACAACACGCGAGCCUUCGAAGUCUAAGGUGGAUUCUGCAGCAGCAGCAGCAGCUGCUGCUGCUGCUGCUGCUGCUGGACCUGCUGAGCCUCACCUCUCUGAUUACAAGUACCGCCAGCAGCAGAUGCAGCAGCAGCAGAUGCAGCAGCAGCAGCAGCAACGGCUGCAUGCAGCUGAAGGUCCAUCGCAGAGGUGGAGGGAAGUCCUUGAGGCCCCAUCUAUACAAACAUUUGCACCCGAGCAGCAGCAGCAGCAGCAGCAACAGCAGCAGCUGGUGCAGCAGCAGCUGCAGCGUGAAGGAGUUGAGGAAGAAGCAGGCAGCAGGAGAUGCGGCAGCAGAGGAAAUCUGCUGCAGCCACCAAGCCCUCUCCAGCCCCAGCAGCAGCAAAAGCAGCAGCAGCAGCAGAAGCAGCAGCAGCAGGAGCAGCAGCAGCAAAUGCGUCCGCCUGCAGUUGCUGCUGUUAGGGACGGGAGAGCUCCUUCUCUUAUGCAGCACUACAGUACCUCUGGUGCUGAGAAGGCUCGAGGGUACCGCAGCAGCAGCAGCAACAGCAGCAGCAGCAGCAGCAGCAGCAGCAAAGGUAUCUCUACAAGACAAGAAAAUCGCUCAACUAGCCGAUCGGUAGGCAGAGGAAGCAGCAGCAGCCCCCUGAAGCAGCACCAGCAGCAGCAGCAGCUGCUGCUGCUGCAACAGCAACGUCUACUGCAGCAGCAGCAGCAGCAACAGCAGCAGCAGCAGCAGCAGCAAGCAGGGGGACUCCUAGGUGCCAUGGGUGCAGUGUGGGGCCGCGUAGUAGAGAGACUGAUUGCCCCUGGGCAGGAGGACAGCAGCAGCAUAAUCCGUCUUACUAGCAGCAGCAGCAGCAGCAGCAGCAGGAGUAAAGAAGCAGCAGCAGCAGCAGCAAGAGCACGCAGAGCUUCUGUUGAGGCCAUGCAUGCAUUACAGCAGCAAAGGGAAAAAAGAAACAGCAGCAACAACCGCAGCAGCAGCAGCUGCAGCAGCAGCAGCAGCAACAUUGCUACUGGUAGGAGCGGGAGUAGGGGGAAGAAACGCGAAGAUGUACAAGUUGACAGCAGCAACAGCAGCAGCUGCAGCUACAGCAGCAGCAGGCGCAGCAGCAACAGCAGCAGCAAUUGCUCAGCUGAAUUGGUGCAGCAGAUGCAUGCAGAGGUGCAGCAGUUAGAUGAGGAAGAAGAGAGAAGACAGCAGCGCCGCAUGCAAAAACAGCAGCAGCUACUGCAGCAAGAACAACAGCAGCAACGGAAGCAGCAACAGCAACAGCAACAGAAGCAGCAGCAACAGCAGCAGCAGCAGCAGCAGCAGAGGCAGCUGCGCAGGGCAAGCCAAAGCCCUGCUGCACAAAGGUGCAGCAGCAGCCGCAGCAGCUGCCGCAACAGCGGCACAAGAGUUCGCAAGACUAACAGCAGCCACAGCAGCAGCAGCAGCAGCAACAGCAGCAGCAGCAGCAGCAAGGAGGAGGGGGCUCCAAAGCAAGAGGCCCCUAGUGCUGCUGCUGCAGUUCUAUCUAAUUUAGGGGAGACAGCACGUGUGCUGCUGCAGGCUGCUGCUGCUGCACCAGUUGCUGCAGCAGCAGCAGCUGUUGCUGCAGUUGAAGCAGCAGCAGGAGAAGGUGAUGAUUGGGAAGAAGAGCAGCAGCAGCAGCAGCAAUCAUCAUCAUCAGCAGCAGCAGCACGCGAUGGCUCAAAGCGUUCCUCCUCCUCAUCAGCAGCAACAGCAGCAGCAGCAGCAGCAGCAGCAGCAGCAGGUGGCCCUACGAACAGCAGCACAUCAACAGAUCUAUCAGCAUCAGCAGACCCAUCAACAUCAUCAUCAGCAGCAGCAGCAGCAGAAUCAGCAUCAGCAUCAGCAUCAGCAUCAGGAGCAGCAGCAGCAGGAGGAGGAGGAGGAGGAGCAGCAGCAGCAGCAGCAGAUUUUAAGGAAUGGGUAUCUGUAGGUAUUUUAUGGGAAGAAUUACUAAAAGAAGAAAGAUGUGUUGAAUAUUCACAAACCCUUUCUUCUCUUUAUUCAACAUUCGCUACCUCACAUCCACAGUAA